AUGGAGCACCAGGAAAAAGACGAGCGUCUAGUUCCAGCCCACGAGAAAUUCACCGAAGAGGCCGCUGCAGAGCGGCCAAUCUGGAUCAGCUUUUACCUUGUCAAUCUGGAGGUCACUAUCGUCAGCACCUCCUUAAUAGCCAUGACAGAUGAGUUGAAGGGGUUCGACAAGACAGGGUGGAUCACCACAGCCUUCUUAUCAACCUUCACUGGCUUCAUGUCCGUAUGGACAAAGGUGGGCGACAUUAUCGGACGCAAAAAGACCAUCCUCGCUGCGGAUGUGAUGUUCUUGCUGUUUUCACUUGGAUGUGGCCUGUCUCAGACAGCCGAUCAACUAGUCAUAUGUCGGGCAUUCCAAGGCAUUGGCGGCGCUGGAGUCUACCCGCUCGGUAUUCUUUGCAUAUAUGAGAUUGCACCGAAGCCCAAGUUACCCAUCUACGGGGGAACAUUGGCUAUAGCUGUAGCCCUCGCCUCCUUGACAGGUCCGAUAUUUGGAGGCGCCUUAGCGCAAAACUCGGCUUGGAGAUGGGUAUUCUACAUCAAUAGCAGUGUUGAACGAGGCAGAGCCACGUUUGUUAGCGGCUGUCCGUGGAACGUGGUCGUCGUGUAUCUCACGCAGCGACUCCAGAUACUUACGAAAGCGUCGCCGCUAAUGGCCGGCGUCCGACUUAUCCCCUACUCUGCGGUUUCGACCAUAUUUACGAGCGCUGCAAACCUAGCCAGUCUAAAAGGCCGUAUACCGUUCGUUUACUUUGCGCUGGCUGGCUCCAUACUCCACAUAGUCGGGAUGGUCUUGCUGUCCUGUCUGCCUGAGACAAACGAAUUCCCUGCUGCUGGGUACGCAUAUGAAGUCAUUGCGGGGGCCGGGAUAGGCACUACAAUCGGUAUCUUGAUUUUGGCCGUCCCAUAUGUCGUCGAGACUAGGGAUCUCGCAAUUGCCACAGGGGCCAUGAACCAAGGCCGCUUCCUGGGAGGUGCUAUUGGCUUAUCGAUUGCGUCCAACAUCCUGUCUGACAAGUUACAUGCGAAGCUGGAUGGGAAGAUGCCUUCGGAAGAGCUGGACCGUCUACUGGAGGCAGUCAGCGUCAUCCCUACUCUUCCGACGAACCUCCGGGCUUUGGUCGAAAAGGCUUUCGCGGAGGGUUAUACCAUGCAGUUCCGGGUUAUGAUUGCGUUUACGGCUGUACAAGUUCCGGCCUCGCUGCUUUUGCUCCGGCGGCGGCGCCAGUACGUGGUGGAGUAG